GGCGAUCGUGCCACCCCUUCCAAAGCGAGGCCCGAUGCGCCAUCGGUUAUUACUCAAUUGCAGCUACCCCCAGAUUCAUUUCGCUCGUGUACAUUUUCUUUGCGCCCUUUUUUACGUUUUCACAGACAAAAUAGUUAAUGCGUGAAAUCGAGAUGCUGUAGGUCCCAUUCUAGUCUGCGUGCAACUGUGGAAAGUUAGUGCCGGGGAAGGACUUUCGAGAUGCUUGAUUCCCAUUCCUUCAUUUUACAGAGGAGAAGGCAGACCCCGAGAAGUAACAUGGAUGUUGGAAAUUCACCCAGCUAGGCUUCAUGCUUCUUGGCCUCUAAAGAAAAUGGCAGAAACGUCAUUGGAGCCUUCUGGGCAGCUCGUUGUACACUCAGACACUCACAGUGACACUGUUCUGGCCAGUUUUGAGGCUCAGUGGAAGAAAGGCUUCCUCUGUGACAUUACAUUAAUCGUAGAGAAUGUGCAUUUCCGGGCUCACAAAGCCUUACUCGCUGCCAGUAGUGAAUACUUCUCAAUGAUGUUUGCUGAAGAGGGGGAGAUCGGCCAGUCCAUUUAUAUGCUGGAAGGCAUGGUUGCCGACACAUUUGGAAUCCUGCUGGAGUUUAUCUACACCGGUUGUCUCCAGGCCAGUGAGAAAAGUGCAGAACAAAUCCUGGCCACCGCUCAGUUCUUAAAGGUCUAUGACCUGGUAAAGGCUUACACGGAUUUUCAAAAUAAUCAUAGCUCCCGAAGGCCAACGACUCUGAACACUGCUGGCGCUCCAGUGGUGGUGAUUUCUAAUAAGAAAAAUGGUCCUCCGAAACGGAAGAGGGGAAGACCGAGAAAAGUGAACAGUGUGCAGGAGGGGAAAUCACAGCUGGCUGCAGAGGAAGAAAUACAGCUGAGAGUAAACAAUUCAGUUCAAAAUAGACAUAACUUUGUAGUGAAAGAGGGAGACAAUGGCAUACUGAAUGAACAGAUUCCAGCGAAAGAAAUGGAAGAGGCUGAGCCUGCCUGUGAUCCACGUAAAGGGGAGGAAACGCCAGCUGAAAAAGAUGAGAACUGUGAUCCCAAGACCCAGGAUGGGCAGGACAGCCAGAGUCGGUACAGCAAGCGCAGGAUUCGGAGGUCCGUCAAACUUAAAGAUUACAAACUUGUCGGGGAUGAAGACGAGCAGAGUUCAGCCAAAAGGGUCUGUGGAAAGAGAAAGCGCUCAGGGGGCCCUGAGGCCUGUUGUAAGGACUGUGGCAAAGUGUUUAAGUACAAUCACUUUUUGGCAAUCCACCAGAGGAGCCACACGGGGGAGCGACCUUUCAAAUGUAAUGAGUGCGGGAAAGGCUUUGCCCAGAAGCACUCCCUGCAGGUCCACGCCCGGAUGCACACAGGCGAGCGGCCCUACACCUGCACCGUGUGCAGCAAGGCUCUCACCACCAAGCACUCACUGCUGGAGCACAUGAGCCUGCAUUCAGGACAGAAGUCUUUCACCUGUGAUCAGUGUGGAAAAUAUUUCAGCCAGAAAAGACAACUAAAGAGCCAUUACCGAGUUCAUACAGGCCACGCAUUACCGGAAUGCAACCACUGCCGUCGCAAAUUCAUGGAUGUGUCUCAGCUAAAGAAGCAUCUACGAACACACACAGGUGAGAAGCCAUUUACUUGUGAAAUCUGUGGCAAAUCUUUCACAGCAAAGAGUUCUCUUCAGACCCACAUCAGAAUCCAUAGGAUCAGAAAUGGAAACCCCCGAAAGUCGUGACUUGCUCUGACUCCUUAAGCUAGCAGAAGAGCC